CAGUGGCGUUAUAAAAAGCCUGACUCUGUCAAACUGCAACAGGCAGAAAACAUGGCUUUUUUGUGGAUCGUCUCCUGUCUUGCCUUCAUUGGCACGGCCUACGGUUGUGGUGCUCCUGCCAUUCCCCCUGUGAUCACUGGCUAUGCCAGGAUUGUGAACGGUGAGGAGGCAGUGCCCCACUCCUGGCCCUGGCAGGUGUCUCUGCAGGACAGCACUGGUUGGCACUUCUGCGGCGGCUCCCUCGUUAACCAAAACUGGGUGGUGACUGCUGCUCACUGUGGCGUCAGAACAUCCCACUAUGUGAUCCUGGGAGAGCAUGACCGCUCCUCUAACGCUGAGGCCAUCCAGACCUUGCGCAUUGGAAAGGUUAUCCAGCAUCCCAGCUACAAUUCCAACACCAUCAACAAUGACAUCACCCUGGUCAAGCUGGCCAGUACUGCCCAGCUCAACACCCGUGUGUCUCCUGUGUGUCUCCCUGCUUCCAGCGAUGACUACGCAGGAGGCCUGAAGUGUGUCACAACUGGCUGGGGCCUGACCAGAUACAAUGCUGCAAACACUCCACCUCGUCUGCAGCAGACCGCUCUGCCUCUGCUUACCAACAGUAACUGCCAGCGUUACUGGGGCACCUCGAUCACAAGUGUCAUGAUCUGCGCUGGAGCUGCUGGAGCUUCCUCCUGCAUGGGUGACUCUGGUGGUCCUCUGGUCUGCCAGAAGGGUGGAGUUUGGAACCUGGUGGGUGUUGUAUCCUGGGGCAGCAGUACCUGCAGCACCUCCACUCCUGCAGUGUAUGCUCGGGUCACCAGUUUCCGCUCAUGGAUUGACCAGACCAUCGCCUCCAACUAAAGCUUUGAGAGCCAUGUGGACUCAAACCCAGUUUUUGGGUUCCUUUACUUUCUGAAUAAAGAUGAGAUAACAUAAA